AUGCGACCUCGACUCGUGAAGCCAGAUGAAGAAAAUAAUGACAAAGGUACGAAUUCAAAGACUGGAUAUCUGCUUGAACUCCUAUCCACCAUUUGCUCUUGGUCUGUGAUGUGGAAUGCUCAUGCCUUAAUGGUGGCUUCAAGUCGUGGUAGGAUGGCUCGUGACCUGCUGCGUAACUGCGUCCUGGGUUGGAGCGACGCAUCUCCUGAAGGACAUGUUUCUACGUCAGACACCUGCGUCUACAAUGCCCACGGGUCCUUCUCUUCCCUCAGCGCCCCUUCCUACGUCGAACACCACCCAGCCUGUGAAAAUGGGCGUGCAGAAAACAAACAGGUGUUCGACGCCCCCUUCUUCACCACGUGGUUCUGCACGACGUGGACGGGCCUGUUCUUCCCCAUGUACCUCGCGUCCCACCUCUGCUUCAAGAGGGACAAGUCGUCCUUGAAGGUCACCCUCAAGGCCAUCGCGCAGAACUUCCGGGACCGUGGAGUGACCUUUGGCAAGUUCAUGACCCGGUGCUGCCUCUUCUGCCUCCUCUGGGUUGUAACAAAUUACAUGUACGUGUACUCCCUGCGGAUCCUAGACUGUACAGAUGUCAUGGCGUUGUACUCUGCCCACGUCUCCUUCGUGUACCUCCUGUCGUGGGUCAUCCUUCAUGAUCAGUUCGUGGGCGUGAGGAUUGUUGCAGUGAUCCUUUGCAACACGGGCAUCGCUCUCCUAGCCUACAUGGACGGCAUCACAAAGACAAAAACCCUCGGUGGUGUUGUCCUUGCUGCUGCGGCCGCGGCGGGGUCGGCGGUCUAUAAGUAUCACUUCAUCCUUCCAAUUUCCUUUAUGUUACACAGUGAUGUUACAGAGUUUAAGGACAAAUAUAACAAAGGUGGUGCAUUUUGA